AGGGGCCAUUCGCAGUUCUAGAGGUGCCGGCCCAGCUGCCCUCCUCCCCAGGCCCUGCACCGGGCUGCACGUGGAGCUGGGAGCCCAGGGCCCGCCCGGCCGGCCUGGCCAGGCUCCGAGGACUGCACCUGCUCCCUUACCGUUAUCUCCUGCUCUUUGCCCAGGCACAGGGCGGGCUCUCGCCAUGGGCCACUGUCGCCUCUGCCACGGGAGGUUCUCCUCCAGGAGUCUCCGCAGCAUCGCUGACAGGGCGCCCGGGGAGAGCGCGGAGAGACUGUCCCCAGGGGAGCGCGUGUUCGUCAGGGACUUCCAGCGCCUCCUCGGGGUGGCGGUGCACCAGGACCCAGCGUUGUCGCAGUUCGUCUGCAAGAACUGCCAUGCCCAGUUCUACCAGUGCCACGGCCUCCUCAAGUCCUUCCUGCAGAGGGUCAACGUGUCCCCGAGACCCCCGCCGCAAGGUAGGGUCGGCGCCCACCCCACCCCAGGGGCAGCCGAGGGAGCGUGUCUGGUGGACCUGAUCCCGGCGAGCCCCCAGGGCCUGCGUGGCUUGGUGGGGUGGGUGCACGGACACGCAGCCGACUGUGGGGCCCUGCCCAGCCUCCAGAGGACGCUGUCUUCCGAGUACUGUGGCGUCAUUCAGGCCGUGUGGGGCUGCGACCAGGGCCACGGUUACACCAUGGACGCCGACUCCAGCUGCAGGCCCCUCUUGCUGGACAGCCCGUUGGCCAAGUGGGUGUGGGACGAGGAGAUGAUGCCACUACUCACCCAGCACCAGGGGUCCAGCCCCUCUAGGGCCACCCCUCAACCCUCCCAGGGCCGAGGAGCCACAGCCAGGGCCGAGAGCAAGAUCCCACCCAGCAUGGAUGUGGUCCAGCCUCCUUCAGAGGGCAGCCCUGCAGGGCCAGGGCCAGGCCCCCCACCUCAGCCACACCUGCCCCCCAGUGGGGCCCCAGGGCAACUGGGUGAGAAGCAGGUUCUGUCUUCAACCUCGGAUGAUCGGGUAAAAGACGAGUUCAGUGACCUUUCUGAGGGAGACGUGCUGAGUGGAGAUGAAAGCGACCGGAAGCAAAGUGCCCAGUCCUCGGACGAGUCCUUCGAGCCCCGCCCCGACAGGAAGGUCUCCAGUAAGAGGAGUGAGGGCAAAGCAGCCAGGAAGCCUGAAGAACCAAAACUGCGAAAGAAGCCUGGGCCCAAGCCUGGGUGGAAGAAAAAGCUCCGUUGUGAGAGGGAGGAGCUGCCCACCAUCUACAAGUGUCCCCACCAGGGUUGCACUGCUGUGUACCGAGGGGCUGAUGGCAUGAAGAAACACAUCAAGGAACACCAUGAGGAGGUCCGCGAGAGGCCCUGCCCCCACCCUGGCUGCAACAAGGUGUUCAUGAUCGACCGGUACCUGCAGCGCCACGUCAAGCUCAUCCACACAGAAGUGCGGAACUACAUCUGCGACGAGUGUGGGCAGACCUUCAAGCAGCGGAAGCACCUCCUUGUCCACCAGAUGCGUCACUCAGGAGCCAAGCCUCUGCAGUGUGAGGUCUGUGGCUUCCAGUGCAGACAGCGGGCGUCCCUCAAGUACCAUAUGACCAAACACAAGGCGGAGACCGAGCUGGACUUUGCCUGCGACCAGUGUGGCCGGCGGUUUGAGAAGGCCCACAACCUCAAUGUGCACAUGUCCAUGGUCCACCCGCUGACACAGGCCCCAGACAGGGCCCUGCCCUUGGAGGCAGAGCCACCACCUGGGCCACCAAGCCCAUCUGGGACUGCAGCAGGUCAGGCAGUGAAGCCCGAGCCCACCUGAGGCCUGCAGGAGGAUGAGGGCGCCUCGCACAGCCCGGCCCUGGCAGUUGUCCUGUGGCAACAGAGCCCCCUGGAGCCCAGGGCCAUGCUUACGAGUGGUGCAACAGCUGCAGAGCCUCCCUGUCCCCGUUCGGACCAGCAGUUUAUUUUCCUACGAACACCAAGUCGCAUCGGGCCAGACAGAUGAAAACUGAUCCCUCUCCCGCUCAGAGUGAUCAAGAUUUGUAAUCCGCCUUCUAGUGCA